AUGCCCUGCGGGCACUUAGUGCUCCGCGCGGUCCAUGUGGCCUUGCUACUGCAUGAACUGCAAGCGAAGCCCACAACCGGAUUCGCAAACGUGAACGUCGAGAUCGUCGGCCCGCAGAAUGAGAGGCAGGAGUCGGUCGUAAAGGCUUUUCUCCACGCUUGGAACGCCUACAAGGCAAGCUGCUGGGGCGAAGACCAGCUUCGACCAAUUUCACAAACCUGCAACCAGGAGUUUGGAGGUUUAGGCGUGCAGAUCAUCGACGCGCUGGACUCACUUUGGCUGCUGGGCCUGCACGAGGACUACUACGAAGCCGAGAGGUGGGUCCUGUGGAAUUUCAGCUCCGAUCUUGACGUCUCCGUCAGUGUAUUUGAGACGGUUAUCCGCGUGCUGGGCGGGCUUCUCUCCGCUUAUGGGCUGAGUGGGCAAGAGCAGCUGUUGGUGCACGCAACGCAGCUUGGGCAGCGUCUUCUUCGUGCUUGGCGAGAGGGUCCCGUUCCCCAUGAGCUGGUAAACCUAAAGAAUGGGCAGACGAGUUUCAAAGAGCCCGAGCUCGGGUCAAGCUUAGCAGAAGUGGGCACAAUCCAGAGUGAAUUCACUCUACUGAGCGCUUUGACAGGUGAUGCAUCCUUCCACGUUAGGGGCACCCAGGUGAUGGAUUUGCUGGGCCCUAUUCUGGUCGAGCACGGGGGGCUCCUUCCGAUCAUGCUGAAGCCACAGCCACCGAUGCACUGGACGAAUGAAAGGGUCACGCUCGGUGGUCGCGGCGACUCUUUCUAUGAGUAUUUGCUCAAGCAAUGGCUCAUUUCCAAUCGCACAGAGGAGAAGUACAAGAACUGGUACCAAGUUAGCGUAAAUGGCAUUCGUCGGGCUUUCGUUGGCCAGUCACGCCCUUCCAACUUCACCUUUGUACGUGAAGUCCGCACGUGGGAGUCGAUAUCGCAGCUUGUUCAAUCGGAUCGAUGGCUUUGGGAUCCGGAUAACUUGACGACCGAAGAAUCACCUGGCCUGGCCUUCUUCUUCCAGUUCCACGAUGCGCAGAUAGCAUCCAAUCUUUCGGAAUUAGGGCAGGAGGCCUCAAGUUCAUCGGGAUCUGCAGAUGCCGCGACAGGAUUGAGUGGCCAAGGAAGCGCGUCCGAGCCUUCGCAUGGAUCGCCAGCAUGGGCCUACAUCCUCAUGCCCUCCUUGUCAGCGAACACAGCCUGUGUCUUGAUGGAGCUGCUGCUCUCGCACCGUUGGGCCGAAGCCAGCAAAAUGAUGACAAUCGUUUUGCCACCUCCGUACCAUCAGCUCUCUGCAAACAGCCAGCACAGGAUUGAUGCUAUGAUUGGUGGCCAGCUGCAAGACCUUUGUUGGAGCCGAGAGGAGUUCAAGAUGGACCAUCUCUCGUGCUUCUUCCCGGGUGUGCUGGCGCUGGGAGUUCUCACAGGGGCAGCCGCGCAGCCCGCAGAGGAGUUGCGCUUGGCACAAGACUUGACGGAGAGCUGCGCCAGGAUGUGGCUGGACUCGCCUCGAGGCCUCGCGCCCGAGAGCGUCCUUUGGAAUCGAGCGCCUCAGCGCUCCCGCGACUUUCGGGCAACACCCAAAGAUACACACUGCAGUUUGAGACCAGAGGCUGUCGAGUCCUUGUGGUACCUGUACUUGGCAACCGGGGACCGCAAGUAUCAAGACUGGGGCUGGGCCAUCUUCCAGGCAAUUGAAGCAUUCGCGCGGUUGGACUCAGGCGGCUACAGCAGCAUCGAGGACGUGACAGCGGAGACGGAGUUGCUGCAUCGCGACGAGAUGCAGACUUUCCUAUUGAGUGAGACGUUCAAGUACCUCUUCUUGCUCUUCGGAGACCGGCAGCCGCUUGAUCUUAACAAGACGGUCCUCAACACCGAGGGCCACCCUCUGCCAGUUCUUGGCGCAUGGCAACAACGCAUACGUGGACAAAUGGCAGAUGCAGUUAGCUCGUGCAAGCGAGUAGGAACCAGGGGCUGCAUAUGA